GUGUUCCUUAGUUUAUAAAAAGUAAAACUUAUUAUUGUCUAGCAAUGUUAAUAAUACAAUCUAAAGUAUUAGAUAAGGAAGCAAAAUAUUUUGGUUUUGGAAAACGUGACAAUCUUUUUAGCAUGGACUUCCCGAGUAGCACAAAGUAGUCGAGAACAGCAAUAUAGAGCCAUGUAUCUAUCCGGUUCAAGUAUACAAAAUUAAUCUAACGUUAGAUUGUUAACUGAUUACGAA